AUGCUGCCUUCCCUGGGCCUCCCCAGACUGUCCUGGAUGCUGCUCUUCUGCCUAAUGCUCCUGUCUCAGGUCCAAGGGGAAAAUUCCCAAAAGGAACUGCCCUCUGCACGGAUCAGCUGUCCCACCGGUUCCAUGGCCUAUAGGUCUUACUGCUAUGCCUUGUUUAAAACACCCAAAACCUGGAUGGAUGCAGAUAUUGCCUGCCAGAAAAGACCCUCUGGACAUCUUGUGUCUCUGCUCAGUGGGGCUGAGGACUCCUUCGUGGCCUCCUUGGUUAAGAACAACUUGAAUACCCAAUCAGACAUCUGGAUUGGGCUCCAUGACCCCACAGAGGGCUCUGAGCCCAAUGCUGGCGGAUGGGAAUGGAUUAGCACUGACGUGCUCAAUUAUGUUGCCUGGGAUACAGAUCCUGCUGCCAUCUCAAGCCCUGGCUACUGUGGGAGUCUCUCAAGCAGCUCAGGAUAUCUCAAGUGGAUAGAUCAUAACUGUUAUUUGAAAUUACCCUAUGUCUGCAAGUUCAAGGACUAG